GUAACACUCGAAAAUCUUAAACAAUAUGUCGUCUUCUGAGAGUCAAUAUGCCAAAAACCAUUUUGGCCUAAACCGAUGGAUUUUAACAUACGCCGGACUCUGGGUGCCCGAUACCAAGUCCAAAAUAGCAAUUUUUUUCUUUCGCGUAUACGCAGCGAUUGUCUUUCUGUUCGUAAACGUUUGGUUCACGAGCACUGAGUUUAUCAGCAUUAAAGACACUAAACACGACUGGGAAUUGUUGAUAAAAAAUAUCAAUUUUGCACUCACGCACAUGAUGGGUGCGUUUAAGUGCGUCUUCUGGUUUGUGCGAGGCAAUAGGCUGGUUAAUAUUAUCGUGCGCCUGCAAGAUGAAAGAUGGCAUUACGAGGCUGUGGAGGAUUUUAAUCCGGGCGCCAUUACACAGGAUGCUAAGCGCACCGGAAUCAAAUAUACGUUUGCAUUCUUUAUGCUUGCUCAUAUGACACUCUCCUCCUCAUAUUUUCCGGCCUUCUUUACAGCAGUUUUCCGGCCGCAUUAUGUUGAAGACGCGAAUGGAAACUUGACAUUCAGCCAGAGCUUGCCGUAUUUGAGCUGGAUUCCAUUCGCGUAUGAUACACCUUUGUCGUAUAUCAUCGCCAUUUUGUAUCAAGCGGGCCCGAUGUGGUCGUAUGCGUACAGUAUUGUUGGAAUGGACACUUUGUUUAUGAAUAUUAUGAAUUACAUUGCUGCCCACCUGCUCAUCCUGAAGGGUGCAUUCAGGACUAUACGGCAGCGUUGUGUACGACGGGUUGCCGAGCGUGGCGGUGCGCUGGAGAUACGCGAAGGACUUGCUAAUUCUCCGGAGCUGGAUGCAGAAAUGCAUCGUGAAAUGAGAAAAUGCGUGCAACACUUGCAAACUGUUAUCAAUAGUUGCGAGGAACUCGAAUUCAACCACAAGUAUCUCACGCUAGGACAAAUAUUGGCGACGCUGUUUAUUCUAUGUACUAGUUUGUUUCUCGUCUCCACCACACCGGUGGCGAGUAGCAAAUUUGCGGCUGAGGGCGUGUACAUGAUUGCGAUGGGGUUCCAGCUGGUGCUCUAUUGCUGGUUUGGUAACAAAGUGACGGUGCGCGCCUCGGAGGUGCCCGAUUCGUUGUGGCACAGCGAAUGGCUGCAGGCAGCAUAUUCAUUUAAGACUUCUAUGCUGAUAACAAUGAUUCGCAUGAAGAAACCCCUCUAUUUGACUGUGGGCAAGUUUGCGCCUCUCACACUGACUACGUUUGUGGCUAUUAUCAAAGCGUCUUAUUCGUUUUUCGCCGUGUUGAAGAAAGUCAACGACUAAGUCAUCGAACGGCUAAACGUAUAGUAUGAAUUUAGGAUAUUCACUAACAUGAUUUAGUUGCAAAUGAGUAAAGUAGAAUAAAUGAGUUACUUAUCUUGUUGUA